AUGAGCACACAUCUUGCACGGGCCAUAGAACAAAUCUCUGUAAAGCCACCGCUUCCCGAUAUCGACUUCACCCAGCAUACUCUUGACGAUGGCACUACCGUCAGCACCCAGGAGCGGGUCAUUAAAGACGUUCAAGCACCGGCAAUGCAAAUACCAACUCCCGAACAGUUUUUUGCUAAUCACGGUCAGGACCGGUCAAAACCUGACGUUGGUUUCCUCAAGAAUCACUUCUAUCGAGAGGGAAGGUUAAGCGAGGAGCAAGCUUUGUGGAUAUUGGAAAAAGGCACAGAAAUAUUGAGCAAAGAGCCAAACGUGCUUAACGUGGAUGCGCCUAUCACUGUCUGUGGUGAUAUCCAUGGCCAAUAUUAUGAUCUGAUGAAAUUGUUCGAGGUGGGAGGAAGUCCUGCCGACACGCGUUAUCUUUUCCUUGGAGAUUAUGUGGAUCGGGGUUAUUUCAGUAUUGAGUGUGUACUCUAUCUGUGGUCUCUCAAAAUAUGGUAUCCCGAAACCCUCUUCCUGCUGCGAGGAAACCACGAAUGCCGGCACUUGACAGAUUAUUUUACCUUUAAACUAGAAUGCAAGUUGUUCUAUUCCGAGCGCAUCUAUGACGCUUGCAUGGAGUCAUUCUGUGCCCUUCCACUUGCUGCAGUCAUGAACAAACAAUUCCUCUGUAUUCACGGUGGUCUCUCCCCUGAGCUUAACACCCUCGAUGACAUACGUGUUCUGGAUCGCUUCCGUGAACCACCAACGCAUGGUUUGAUGUGUGAUAUUCUUUGGGCCGAUCCGGUGGAGGACUUUGGUACCGAAAAAAUUACUGACAGUUUUGUUCACAACCACGUCCGUGGUUGCUCCUACUUUUUCACGUAUCAGGCUGCUUGUCAGUUCCUGGAAAGAAAUAAUUUACUCUCCAUCAUUCGGGCACAUGAAGCACAAGACGCGGGAUACCGGAUGUAUCGCAAGACCAAGUCCACUGGAUUCCCUUCCGUCAUGACGAUAUUUUCAGCACCCAAUUAUCUCGAUGUUUAUAAUAACAAGGCUGCCGUCCUCAAAUAUGAGAGCAACGUCAUGAACAUCCGGCAAUUCAAUUGCACUCCCCACCCGUACUGGCUUCCUAACUUUAUGGACGUAUUCACGUGGAGUUUACCAUUCGUUGGCGAAAAGAUUACGGAUAUGCUGGUUGCUGUUCUAAAUACCUGCACAAAAGAAGAACUCGAGGAAAGCGAUGAAGAAGAGGAAGUUGUUUCGCCGAUGACAUCCGCUGUACCAGCACCAGAAGAAUCUGACCAACGCAGGAAGGUGAUUAAGAACAAGAUCAUGGCAGUUGGCCGGGUGGCGAGGGUGUUUGCAUUGCUUCGAGAGGACGCCGAAAAGGUCUCCGAACUCAAAAGCAUAUCCGGCUCGAGCAAGCUGCCAUAUGGUACUCUGGCUUCAGGAUCCGAAGGUAUCAAGAAUGCCAUCAAAGGCUUCGAGGACGCCCGGAAAUCCGAUAUCGAGAAUGAGAGACUUCCACCAGACCUCUAUGAUGCCGAAUCCGAAGAAGGCAAAGCCAUCAUCGCCUCAGGUUCCCUACCUUCCACUCCUGCAGAAGGGCAAGAAGCUCCUACCCCUAUUACCGCUAACGGCGUAGCCGCCAGCCUCGCAGCCGCCAUAUCAAGCGGUGCAAUACCCUCUUCCCCAUCACCCGCAAGCCCGUCAUCCGCCUCGCCGGUCAGCCCAACGUCGCCUGUCUCUGGCGGAGGUGCAUUCAGGAGAGGCCACGGCCGCCAAGCUAGCCUCGGUACCACGAUGACAAGUCCUAGUACGAGGAGGAGAAGCUUGGAAAGCACGAUGAGUUUAAUUCAGGGUGUAUUGGACGGGAAGGACGGGACGAUUCCUGAAAACGAUGAGACGGUAGAAGGAUUAGCGGCUCAGCUGGCUGGGUCGUCUGUUAAUAAUGGUGCGACGGCGGCGGGGUUUAAGUCAAACACAUAG